CCAUAUUGGCUUGGCUAUGACUGUCGUGUCAGAGUGAUAGUUGACCGUGAACGUAAAAAAGUGUGGUAGUUUAUUUAUUUUUAUUUUGUUCGUUGUUAAUAAACAAACGGCCCUGCAUGUGCGAUUAUUGAAUAAACUCAGUAUUUCAUUAAAAUGGAAGAGACUAAGAUAAUAUAUCACAUUGACGACGAGGAAACGCCUUAUUUAGUUAAGCUCACAAUAUCACCGGAGCGUGUGACACUCGCUGACUUUAAAAAUGUAUUGAAUCGUCCGAAUUACAAGUUCUUCUUCAAGUCUAUGGACGAUGACUUUGGUGUUGUCAAGGAAGAGAUAAUCGACGACGAUGCACACCUACCGUGCUUCAAUGGACGUGUUGUCUCUUGGCUGGUAUCGGCCGAGGGUAGCAAUGUUUCGGACGGUGCAUCCCAAUGUACGGACUCAGUGGCCCACAGCGAGGCCAAACACGACAGGGUUGAUCAUGUACCACCGGGUAUCACGAUUCGUGGCCCACCAGCACUAUCGCACGACGAUACACUGACUGAAACUGAAAGUAUUAUAAGCAGCAGGCAGGGUCACCAUUUGCACAAAAAUUCGAAGCAUCAUUCGGAUAAAUAUGAAAAAUAUAAUAAAUACAAUGGACUGCGUAUUAACGGCCACUCGAAGCACCGUUCCGGUCACGGAUACGAGACUGCCUCAAUCCUAUCCUCUGACUUGGAAACAACGACUUUUUUGGAGUCUGAUGACGAUGCCAGCAGUCGUAUAACAUCAACAACUGGCCGACACACAAACAUGAGUAGUACGAUCGAACGUGCCACCCUAGAUCGUCGCAGACCUCAGAGACGACGACGGCACAGAUUACCUCCGAUGUCACGCACGUCGUCAUUCAGCAGUAUCACAGACAGUACAAUGUCACUAAACAUAAUAACAGUGUCAUUGAACAUGGAUACUGUCAAUUUCCUCGGGAUUAGUAUUGUGGGACAGAGCAAUAGCGGUGGGGAUGGUGGUAUAUACGUUGGUUCCAUUAUGAAGGGGGGUGCGGUGGCUCUCGAUGGAAGGAUAGAGCCCGGCGACAUGAUUCUCCAGGUGAAUGACAUUAAUUUUGAGAAUAUGUCGAAUGACGAGGCAGUCAGGGUAUUACGCGAAGUAGUUCAGAAACCAGGGCCUAUUAAGUUAGUAGUAGCCAAGUGUUGGGAUCCAAAUCCAAAGGGUUAUUUCACCAUUCCACGUACAGAACCAGUACGUCCAAUCGAUCCGGGUGCAUGGGUGGCUCAUACUGCUGCUAUACGUGGGGAGGGCUUUCCACCACGUCCACCCAGUGCCACAACUCUCACAUCCACAUCCAGCAGUCUUGCCAGCACACUUCCGGACACUGAACGUAAGGAUUUUUCGUUGGGCCCCUUGGAAGAAUUACGCCUGAGUAUCAAUACAGACAUGCCGACGAUAGUCCGAGCAAUGGCCCGACCUGACUCUGGUUUGGAGAUUAGAGAUCGCAUGUGGCUGAAAAUAACAAUUCCAAAUGCAUUUAUCGGUGCAGACGUUGUAGACUGGUUGAAUACUCACGUUGAAGGUUUUAUUGAUCGUCGUGAUGCACGAAAGUAUGCAUCGUUGAUGCUAAAAGCCGGCUUCAUCAGGCACACCGUUAAUAAGAUAACAUUUUCCGAACAAUGCUAUUACAUUUUCGGUGAUUUGUGCUCGACAAUGGCAAAUAUGAAAUUGGAUAGUGAUACUGUUGCACCCUUACCACCACCAGGAUGGGAUGUAAUGUAUUCAGGACCCUAUGCCCCACACUCAGCCGCUGGCUACAGCCCAAUGCCAUUCAAUUUCACUAAUGAACCAACUGUCUAUGGAUAUCACCGUGAAGAAAGUGUUCACAGUGAGUCAGGUGGAAGUAGCGCUGGUAGCGAACACAUCUGCAAAGAGCCAAUUCACGAUUUAAAAUCGUGCUCAUCAGCAUCGGAAACCGAUUUACAUAUGCCACCAAAUGUGCCCAGUAAGAAUUCCGGGAAUGGCAAUGGAUCAAAUGGAAAAAGAUCAAAUGGCAGUCGUAGCCGAUCAAGUGGUUCUGAGCAGUCUGUACAAACGGGAACUGGCUCUACUAAUCAGCAGAAUCAGCAAGAUAUAUCCGGUAGUAGACAGUCAUUUAGAAUUGCGAUGGGAAAUCCAUGUGAAUUUUUUGUCGAUGUUAUGUAGAUGUUUUUUUUCCAUGUUUUUCCUUUUGUAAAUACUUUAUUUUUUAUUAUGAAGAAUAGGAAUGUCGAUGUUUUUGGAUUCUUGGUAGCAUGAAGUAUGUAGAGAUGGUUUCAAAUUCAGUAGAGAUUAUUUUGACUAUUGUUCACUGGGGCGGGGAUGAAGAUGAGUCGAAAAGUUUUUUUCGCUCGAAUUUCACCUGAGUUUACGUGCAAUUAAUGUAGAAAUAAGAAUUGAGUCAUCUUCAUUCUCUAGUCAACUUCAGAGGUCUUUUUCUCAAAGAAACAAAUUGUAAAUAUUUAUGUUUUCAACGAUUGUUGAGGGACUUUUUCAUUCUCUAUGGCGUAUGGUUGAUGCUUGAACUUAUUUCCAACAACUGUUUAAUUUUUUUUUGGUCUAGAGAGCUGGAUCCACUGAGCCCAAGGCGAUUAUGGUAUAGUGCACGUUAAUGGGAUGCAUGCUUUGAAAAUCUUUUUUCUCGUGUACACUGUUAGAAAAUAAUUGAAAUUUUAUGGAUAGUUGACUAGCAGUUCUCUGGAGGGUGACAUUGAGUUCAAUUGAGGGACAAAAAAUUUAUGGAAUUUCAGAUUUCACCGAGAAUUCAUAAAAAUUAUAGUUUUUUGUGAGAAGUUGGAUAUUUAUUGCGCACUUGUGGUGAAUUUUUAUUCAAUUAAACUUUGAAAAAUAUAGUCAACAAAAUUGGUUUUAUUUUAUUGGCUCCCACGGUCUAAUUACACGGAAAUUUACUAUUCGUUUUUAUUCUUUUAUUGAAUCGCGAGGUUGAAGUUUCCUGGACAUUUUAGUUAAACUCCAACGGAAUGAAAAAAAUCAAAGUCUCGAUAAAUCGCGAAUUAAUUAUCUAAACUUUCCUCAAAUGAAUUAAAAUUUAUAGUUUCGAGUGAGAAUAUUCAAUGACAAAAUACUUUGAAAUUUCACUGCAACUAAAACGUGAUAAAAAUUUGUAAAAAAAUCUACCAAAAAUUUCAUUCAAACAUUUUCAGCAGUGUAUUAAUGACUUAGUAGUAAGAAUAUAUGAAAUAAGUUCAUAAUUCAUAGCACAAUCAUAAAAUUCUCAGUUUUUUAAUAGAAUAUGGGCAUGACUACUGUCACACGACUAAAUGGUUACGGAUUAUUUCACAGCAUGAAAAAUCAGAUAGUUUCUCCUUUUAUAAAAAAAAAAUUCCAUAUUUACAAGAUGUCGCCAAUUAAUGUAAUCCAUUGCUUGCAUUUUAGGAUUGUCUACGACAAUGGGGCAGCUAUUUCUUUAAAAAAACAAAAGUCUAUAAAGCCAACGGGAGAUUAUUUCAAGUGAAAACGAAUUUUAUCAUCUGCCUCCUGUUCCAAAAAUACAGAAAUGAAAAUAAUAAAACGAUUCAUUAUUAUUUCCACUUGGCUACUACAUAUUUGAGCAGUCAUAACGAGCUAAUAGGUAUAAGCAUGUAAUGCUUUACUGAUAGAAUCGUUAACGGGGUACGUAAGGUUAAUUAUUGUAGAGAAUUAUAAUUAUAUAAUACUCGUAUAUAGAGUCGUCAUUAGGAACGUGCCAAACGUGGUGUUUUAUUAUUCAAACUGCUGUAUACAGAAUGGCAUACUUUUUAAUGGAACACAAGAGGAAUGAACGAGAAUCAUGUAAAUAUAAACGUAACGAAAAAAAAUCAACAAACAGAAAAACAAAAAAAUAACGCUCAAAAUUAAAAUGAAAAAGAAUGAUAACAAAAAAAAA